AGAAGAAGAAGACCUCGAGCAAAUAAACCGGUCGUUGUGUUGGAAACAUGGCGGCCUUCAGUAAAUAUGUGACAGCGAAAAACUCCUCCAUAGCGGGCGGCAUUUUGCUUGUUUUAUACCUGCUAAAACACAGAAGACGGACGUCCAAACAGAACAGUAUAAAAGGAGGCUCAAAUCUAGUGGUGAACAAUGAGAAAGAUAGUAGAAAAGACCGUGCAGCAGUGGACAAAGUUUUCUUCCUCCGAACCCUCCAGAUUCUGCGGAUCAUGGUACCUCGAGUUUUCUGCAUGGAGACUGGCUACCUUAUCCUUAUCGCCGCCAUGUUGGUGGCCAGGACCUACUGUGAUGUAUGGAUGAUCCAGAACGGCACCAUGAUCGAAAGUGCAAUUAUCGGUCGCUCGACAAAAGAUUUCAAGACCUUCUUGUUCAGCUUUAUCAAAUUCAUGCCACUUAUAGCCUUGGUGAACAACUUCCUGAAGUUGGGUCUAAACGAGCUGAAGCUGAGGUUCCGUGAGAGGCUCACAAAGAACUUGUACGACCAGUACCUGCAAGGUUUCACCUACUACAAAAUGGGAAACCUGGACAACCGGAUAGCCAAUGCAGAUCAGCUGUUGACACAGGAUGUGGAGAGAUUCUGCAACAGUGUGGUGGACCUUUACUCCAACCUCAGCAAGCCUCUGCUGGAUAUAGGUCUAUACAUCUUCAAGCUGACAAGUGCCAUCGGUGCUCAGGGCCCAGCCAUCAUGAUGACCUACCUGCUGAUCUCAGGUCUGUUCCUGACAAGACUGAGGAGGCCCAUAGGCAAGAUGACAGUCACCGAGCAGCGCUACGAGGGAGAGUACCGCUACGUCAACUCUCGCCUCAUCACCAAUAGUGAGGAGAUUGCCUUCUACAAUGGGAACAUGAGGGAGAAACAGACCAUUCAUGCCACAUUCAAGAAACUGGUGGACCACUUGCACAACUUCAUCUUCUUUCGCUUCUCGAUGGGAUUUGUGGACAGCAUAAUUGCCAAGUACGUGGCCACUGUGGUGGGCUACCUGGUCGUGAGCCGGCCAUUCCUAAACCUGUCGCACCCCCGGCACAUGCACAGCUCACACUCUGAGCUGCUCGAGGACUACUACCAGAGUGGGAGAAUGCUUCUGAGAAUGUCCCAGGCCCUGGGCAGGAUUGUACUGGCUGGCCGAGAGAUGACCCGCCUCUCAGGAUUCACAGCUCGUAUCACUGAACUGAUGAGUGUCCUGAAGGAGCUGAAUGCUGGCAAAUAUGAACGCACCAUGGUCUCCCAGCAGGAGAAGGAAUCAGACACGGCAGAGAAGCUCACACUGGUGCCUGGAAGUGGUCAAAUCAUCAACAAAGAUAACAUCAUUAAAUUUGACCAUACCCCACUAGCAACACCUAAUGGAGACAUCUUGAUCAGAGACCUCACAUUUGAAGUAAGGUCUGGCACAAAUGUUCUCGUGUGUGGGCCUAACGGCUGCGGAAAGAGCUCUCUGUUUAGAGCACUCGGAGAGCUGUGGCCAUUGUUUGGUGGACAACUGACAAAACCUGAGAGAGGGAAGCUCUUCUACGUACCACAGAGACCCUACAUGACUCUAGGUUCUCUGAGGGACCAAGUUAUUUACCCUGACACCUAUGAAGACCAGAGGAGGAAAAACAUCUCUGAUCAGGUGUUGAAGGAGUACCUGGACAAUGUUCAGCUGGGUCACAUCCUGGACAGGGAGGGCAGCUGGGACUCAGUCCAGGACUGGAUGGAUGUCCUCAGUGGAGGAGAGAAGCAGAGAAUGGCUAUGGCCAGACUGUUCUACCACAAGCCCCAGUUUGCCAUUCUGGAUGAGUGCACCAGUGCAGUGAGUGUAGAUGUGGAGGAUUUCAUCUACAGCCACUGCAGGACGGUGGGCAUCACCUUGUUCACCGUGUCCCACAGAAAGUCUCUGUGGAAGCACCACAAGUAUUAUCUUCACAUGGAUGGGAGAGGGAACUACGAGUUCAAGCCCAUCACGGAUGAAACUGUGGAGUUUGGCUCUUAAUUGACUGCUGCCGUUGGCCACAAAUGCACUGCUCUGAAAAAUCAGUCCAUUAAUUCCCUGCACUCAAGAUAGAAAUUAUACCUAAAACAAGAAAAUGUUUUUAAUCAUUUGUAACUCAACAGUGUUUCCUUUUUAUGUUUUCUGUUAUUUAAAGCAUCACUUUAGUCUUGUCUAAUCAUUAUUUUGUUCAGUGUGAUUAUAAAAACAUGUAAUUUAUAUUGCCAACUUCUAGGUUGUGUUUUACUCGCGCACAACAGAUAUUUGAGUGGAGGUGGAAGUAUACUUCACAAGUGAUCAUAUCUCACAAAGCUAACAGGUUAGCAUUACCCUGUAGAGAUAAGCUAGAUACCACAGAGGUCUUUGAGGCAUCAUGUCCCACAGUUAACUGUGUCCUGCACAGAAUAAUACUGGAUGUAUGCACAACUUGAUGCCUCCUGGAUGUGCACUUAUACAAGUAAUCUGUCCACAGCUGAUGGAAGAUAAUAGCAGCCAAGGCUGGUAAUAAUUUUCAGGCCUUGUUAUCUUAAAAUAACAAACAGCAAGUUUUGGCUUUUUUCUUUUUCUUUUUUUUUUUAAACAGUUUCCAAGGAAACGGUUAAUUAUCAUGUCACCUUAAGGAAUUAUAAGUGUCUACUUGCUUCCUUCUGUAAUUUUUUGCUCUGUCCAUUUCUGGCUCUUUUUACUUGGAUUAGCAUCUAAGUAAUGAGACAUGGAAAUCAUUUAAUCACUAACAGGAACAUUUCAGUAACUCAGGCAUUCAGAAAUGUGUUGAAAAUAUGAAUUCACUAGAGGAAGGCUGUCUCUCAAGAUACCCAUAAGGAAAAAAAGAAAAAAUCUGACCAAAACAUGACUUGAUGCGGUAAUAGUUAUAUAUCUGAUAUGUAGUAUGGGGAAAUUUCACAUAGAGUUCAACUUUGAUGAACUUGAUGAAUUGCUACCAUUGACCAAGCCAUUGUAGAAGUGCUGACUUUUGUAAAGAUUGUAUGAGGCUGAUAAAGAAACAGAACACAAUGAAAUCUAUUUACAACUGCAUUCAGCUUCCUUUUCCACUGGAUUGUUGAUCAUGUUACCUGAAAUCUGAAGACUGAGGGUCUGCACUGAACAAACAGCUAAUCAUGGUGAAUCUUAUUAUUAACCUUUACAUGAAUAACAAUUCUGUUUCUUGGGUUAUGGGAUUAAAAGUUCUUCCAAAAUUUGGAUAACUGUGUUGAUGUCCAAUUUUACAUGAGCUCUAUGAAGCUGGGGACUGGGUCUAAAGUGCCAUCUGAUAAUGGAUCACUGGUACACGAAUAUUCAGAUAAAAUCAUUCCUCAACCAUUGCUCAACACCACUCUGUCCUGUCAAUCUAACACAACGGUACUGUAACUUUAUUGUGAAAAUGUGAAGAAGGAGCCUCAGCUAUACCCAUGGUUUUCCAUGUAUAAGACUGAUGAUCUCACUCUGCAUUAAAAAAAAAAGUAGGUGUAA